AUGAGAGCACGGAUCAAAACUUCCUCUCCUCCAGUCGGUUUGUUCUUUCUUGAGAUCCUUGCUUAUGACACGGAAUAGGGAUCCGUAUGUUUGGUUAAAUUCCAGAAAGUCCAGAAUUUUUCCGAAAACAAGCACAAAAUUUAGAAAGCUUUCGAAAAGUAACCCUGAAAUGAGAAGUGGUCCUAAAACCUGAGCACCGCUGGAAAUUAUUCAGUGGAAAAUGAUAAUUCAAAUCAACUAAUAUUAUUAUUUUUUAAGGAUACUAAUCUAACGUUUUUCAAGUUUUUCUUUCCAAUUUUCAAAACAGAACUUGUUUCAGAAGCGGCUAUCUUUUUGUUGUUCGCUAUUUUCCUGACCAGCCAAACAACCGCUCAAGAAUGUUUUUUCUUUUUUGCUUUUUUCCUCUAGUAUCGUUCUUUCAGCGUGCUGCGUUACGCCUAUUUUUGGCUUUGGGAAGGAUAGUUUUGAUGGCGGGUGCACGAAGUGCAUAAAAGGAGAAUUCAUCGUCAAACAACAGACUUAUGUACCAGGCACCGCUCUAGGGGCAUCAGCAACUUUGCUUUCUGCCUCUCGCAUAGUUUUGGAAGACAAUGUGGGAAUUGCGAGUUUCGAAAAGUUGCAUACUUUAUAUUUCAACGCCACCGACUUCAAAUCCUUUCCAGGUUUUUACUAUUUGGUAUCAUCGAUGUAGUUUUUUUUUCAAUUUAAAAUUGAGUUCACGAGCGUGUGAUUCUGAAAAGUAUAUCUCAGUAAUGUAUAUGGUGUUUACGCGCUUAUAAAGACGAGAUAUAGAAGAUCUCAUACUGCCUAUUAAUAUGCUUUUUGUUCAUUUCUCUCAAAUUCCCAACGUCAUUCUUGAAGCAUGAAAGACAUUUUCAGAGCCGUUAAUCCGUGUCCGAAGAUCCGAAGUUGCUGACAAUGCGUUCAGUCAGCUAAAAAACAUAACCAUCUUCCCAAUGGAUCCUUAUUGUCAGAAGGGGACAUUUCUGGAUAUAGACAACAUGAAACAGAAACCUUGGGAUCAUUUGAGAAAGUUGGAAAAGGUUAAACUUGAAUUAUAAGCUUGUAGCGAAACGAGCUACAAUGUUUAUUCGAUUCAAAACCCAAACUUUUUCAGGAUUUGCUGGCAUCGUGCCCUAAACCAACCACGCAGGCCCCAACUCCGGCUCCAGCUCCAAAUGUGCCACCGAGUUCCGCACCAAGUUCGCCACAAAGCUCCGGACCACUUUCGAAGCCGAUUUCGACGCAAAGUUCGUCUUGCCCACCAGUGCCUGAGUGUCCAUCAAUUCCAUCGGCUGAAAAAGCUUCUGGUUAGUCUUAAAAAAUCGAAAAAUGCGAAAAAGCAGAAAAUCGCUUUAAAAAUUUUUAUAUUUGAGACUAUUAACGAGAGAUCCUUCAAAUUCAAUUUUCAUCUGACUCAUAAAGUCGUUCGAGACUUAUCGAGCGUUUAAACACAGACGAAUCAAGAAGGUGCCAUAAUGUGUCCACAAUGGUACCUCUCAAAAUGGAUCGUAAAGACCCGAUAAUGUGUCCAUCGUGAGACCUCCGGCAUACCUUUUAGCAAUAUCUGAGCCAUCUUGGAGGUACUUCAGAGUCUCUCUCUAGCCCCUCUCAUUUUGCUCAAAAUCCUGAGAGUUGUACUCGAGGUACCAUCGUGAGACUUCAGAGCCUGCGAGAUACCUCUGAGGGUCUCGCGCUACCCUUUCUUGCCUAUGAAUAGUGGAGAAGACGCACCGACCUUUUACUAUUAGAUAGGUUAGAAAAUGAAUACAUAAUUAAAUUGCUUUUUAAUUAAGUCUUAAGCCUUUUUCGAAAUGGUUAUCGAGAACGUGUUAUUGUGUACCGUUUGAUGUAUAGUUUGUACAAGUUUACCUCUAUCAAAAAAAAAUGAAAUAUUGGUUUUAUGGCAACUGAACAGCUGAAGUUUUUUGUGUUCUUUUUAAAAAUGGGUAAUGGAGAUUCUUCAUUCAGAUAGUCAGUGUUAGAUUCUGUUUGAGUACUUUUCUGGGUUUUCUCCAUGUUUCCACCAAUUUCCUCUGGUUUUGGUUCACUAUUGCGCUUUUACGAAAAAACCAAUUUAAAAAAAAAAAACAGUGUAUAGUCAAUGUUUCCCGACUUGAAAGGCGUGGGAGGCGUGGCAGGGGGCGGGACGCGUAGCGUGUGCGUACGCGGUUCUUGGCACGUGUUCAAUUCAAUCGCUAGCGAGCAUUCAGAGAGCUUAUUUAUUGCUCUUUUCACUUUUUUUUAAAUUAUUUAUUGAUUAUGUUCAUGUGUGCAUCAAAAAAUAGAAGAAAAUAUAGAAAAAGAGCGGUGGCCGAGCUUUUUAAAUAGUCGGCGGCGAAUGACUUGAACUGGCGCCAAGAACCGCGUACGCACACGCUACGCGUCCCGCCCCUUGUCCCGCCUCCCUCGCCUUUCAAUUCAGGAAACAUUGACUAUAUCUCACCAUCGCUAAAAGGGGCUUUGCGGUCCCGUAGUACCUACUUCUGAUGGGUCUUAUUGCAGAAGGAAUGCCGAUCAUGGCGAUCGCGAUCACUUCACUGUGUUGGAUGGUUAUAACUGGCCUCCUACUGGCUUUGAUGUUCUUUUUCCUGAGAAGAAAGGCGCCGCCGUCGACUGGAUUCGAGAAGGAGUUCGAAGAAUACGCCCAAUGUGGUCAGUUUGAGCUGAUUUCUACUCCAACUUUGAAUUCUCACUUACAGUCGCUCUGAUGGUAUGUUACGUUCACACGACCUACUACAGCCUGCUGCUGCAGCAUAAAUGCUUUUGUAUGUAACUGAGUUUUGGACGUUUUGUGUAAUCUUGAUCGAUUAAGUGGACAAUAUUAUCAACUGUUUGACGGCAUAUGAGCAACGGACGGCCUGCUUUCUCAAAGAAACAGGAGCAGGAAUACGUACUUGUGCACAGCGUCAGUUUCUCAUUCUCAAGCAGGGUUGUGCGAGAUGAGACUUUUUGAGUUCGAGACGAGAGAAUUUAUUCGAAAAAAUUUCGGGACGAGAUGAUGUAUUGUCUCGAUCUUUCGAGACAAGACGAAACAUUUUCUAAGACCCGUCUCGAAAAUAUGCCAUGGAAUAUUUUGACACAUUCCUUCCGAACGGCGUCACGUGUUCAAGGACAAAAACUUUAAAAAAUCAUAUCUCCAAAACUAAAAGUUUGCGCAGAUAGAUACACCGAGACGCACUAUCGCAUACUCGAAAUUGUUUUUUUUCAAUUUUAGCAUUUGCAAUUUUUUAUACCUUGAAAACCGAGCUUCAGAAAAAAAAAAUCAUGGAGAGAAAGUAGAAAUUAAAAAAACCUCGUAUGGCGAAAUGUUUGUUUAAAUUCGAAAAAUCAUCAAAAAACUAGAAAAAAAUUAUAUAAUUUAGAUGAUUCAUAUAACAAAAUCUUCAAACAGCAUCAGCAAAUUCAAUUUGGCUCUAAUUUACACAAAACCGGUUUCAAACUACGUCAAAAGAACUGGAUAAUAAAUUUGGUUAUAGAAAAAACGUCAAACGAAGUAAUAAUGAAGUAAAAAACCAAAAAUAUGCUUUUUGUCAAUUAACUCUUUCCGUAAAUCUUGAGAGAUCUUUAGAGGGUGGCUCUUGUAAUUCAGAAACAGGUCCUGGACAGAUCAAAACUACUGUAGUAGUACGUUUUACGGUGCCCAUACCUGUUUUUUUUUUCUGCAUUUUCUUUCACUGACGAGAACUCCGUGCAUUUUAACCGGUUUUUUUUCGUUUGCAGCUGUUUCUUCUAAGGAGUAUUGUAGAACAUAACCGAUUGUAUGUUUCCCUCACCUUGUUCCCUUAAACGGUUAAGAGAAACUGCGUAAAAAGCAAUGAAAUGCCAAAAAUGCAACUAAAUAUACGAAGUUUUUUGGUCAGCAAAGAGAUGUGGCAUUAUGGUCCCUAGUUUUAUCAUCUGUGCAAAAUUCAAGUCUCAGAAAAGAAAAAAAAAUUUUUCAGUUGACAAGAUGGAUGACAUCUUCGCUGAAGCGAAUAGGAGGGAUACAAUUCUGGGACAAGGAGGAACUUUAGAAAAAAACAAAAAAAUCAUGGAAAAACGUGGCCUACAGGAAACUUCAUUUUCAAUCAUGUCAGUAACUCGCACGACGAUAAGGAUAUAUAUCUUUUGGUCGCGAGAUUCAUCGAGUCGAAAAAAGGAAGAAAAUGCACCGAAACUGUCGAAAUCCUUGCUCCAAACCUAGAAGGAUCAACAAAAGAGGUUUCCAAGAAGGAAAAAGAUAAGGCACGGAAAAAAGGUGAGAAGGAGGUCAAAGGAAACACUAAGAAAGAAAAUGUGGACGAAGAAAAAGAAGAAAAGCGCCAAAGUGCGGGAUUGAGUCUGGAUCUGAGCGUAAAGACGCAGGAGAACAACAUAAAGAGGAAGAAUAAGAUUCCGGAACAUGUCAAACAUUUGGAUAACACGGUAGCCAAGUGGAUGAACACCAAGCCCAAUACUAAAGAAGAGAAGAAAAAUUGCCGAUGCUUGUCAGUCUAUAUCUUUUCGACUAGCCUCCAUUUAAAAAUUAAUUGAAUUUUUGGGCGCGUUUGUGCGAAAAACAGUCCCUUCUUCUCUAUAAUCGCUUUUUUUCGGUCAAAAAAACCUUUUUUUCCAGCCUGCGCGAGAACGUUAGUGGGAAAAAGCUUCUAUCCAAAAGGAAACUCUUCAUUGAAAAAUACUUCUUUGAAAUCUACUUUUUCCAAGUCAACAUGGGCUUCUCGCGUUUAUUUUUUUACUCAAUACUGUAUCUAUUUCGCUUUUUUUAUUAAGGAGAAAAAAACGUAAAAACAAGGUUUCUUUUUUUCCGGAUGCAAAAAAAUGCGUCAAAAUAAUGCUGUGCAAGUGACGUUUUUCUGCACAAACGCGCUCUUUCGAGUUUAUCGAAAACUACUCGGAGAUUGCUAACUCGAGUCUGCCGCGGAUAGGACGUGCCAGGAGAAUUCUAGGGAUCACUUAAGAGAGCUAACGCUACUAAAGUGGUUAUUAGAGAAAUUCUCCGACACGUUCGAUUUGCGCUCGGUUUGAGUUGAACAGGUCCGAAUGUGUCAUCACGGCUCCUAAUACUUUCUCUGGUGAACUGCUUGUCUACUUUGCAAUUUUCAGGGCUCUCGUUGGGCGUGAUCGACCGGCUGCUGACUGAAAUUAAUGAAACCGGCAGAAAAUUCGCCAUGAGUACGUUAUAGGCGUUGUUUAAGAAAAAUGUGUUUUAGUAUUUAGUAUAAUCAUAUGUUUUAGUAAUAAGUUUUAGUAGUAAGAAAAAAAGCGUAUUUAUUUCACUCCCUAAAGAUUACUUACUCGUUAAAAUAAAUCAGAAAUUUCGAGUUACAGAUUAUAACCAAAUCACGUUCCAAGUGUGCAGGAUAGUCAUGAACGAAGUUAAAGAGCGGACCUUGAUCAACAACGAACAGGCCUACGAUCCGGAGAACCCGAGAGGAAAGAUCAAGAAUAUGCAUGGUAAUGUCCUUUUCCAUUAGGUUUCUAUCUCAAUUUGUUUUGCUGAAAAUCUGCCUUUUACUUUGUUAAAAUGGCUAUUUAUAUUUUUUCUGAAGACCCCGAUUUCUAGAGUUUAUCCAUGUCCUCGAGCACCUGUACACGGAUGAGGAUCCGCAGGCAGAGAGGCUGAAGAUGGACCUGACAAUAUACGAAUGGAGCCGCUUUUUGGAUUUUCAUUACAUGGGCUUCGACUACAAUGAACACAAAGGAUGUGAGUUUCAAGAGUAAAAUUCGAGCUUCCCGGAAGUUCGGCGAAAUAUAGUAUUUUUCCGCUCGACACAAAUCGAUUUUUCAAAAAUAGGAUGAAAUAACACCACACUACCUCACUGACAACAUACAAGCUGAAUAUUAAUGAGAAGUUUCGGAGUGCGGAAAAAAACAGAGACUUAUUGUUGGCAAACUGGAAAAAAAGUUCACGAAAAGCAAAUAAAACAAGAGAUGGAAGUUCCUAUCUCACUAAAAACCUUCCAGCCCUUGUUUACGUGAGGCCGUCGCCGAUGCAUGGGGAGCCUUUCAGUCAAGCUAUGCUCCGUUUGGAAAGUAAGUGUGAAGGAGAGAAAUGAUUUUAUUUUAAGAGUUAGGCGAGUGAUUGCUAUUGUUGUAUAGUGUGGUAGAACGAUCGAUAUAGUCUGUUCAGAUUUUGAAUGUCAAGCAGCUAACUCCGCCCCAGCUGAGAGGGUACCUUUUCGCGUCGAUGUUUUAUCGCGCCGGACUAAUUUUGAUCUUUUUUGAUCUGAAAGAUAGAAAAAGAGGUCAAAAAAGCAGCCUUAUUAAAGGGCCACUGGCAUAUGUAGAUAAAACAUUGACGCGAAAGAUAUUUUUGCCAUGGGGGUGGAGUUAGCUGCUUGACACUCAAAAUCUGAACAGACUAUGUUUUCUGUGUACCACGACUUGAAAUUUCACCGAACGAAAUUCCGUUCUUCCGCUGCGUCGCGAAGCGUCUUUGCGAGCCUCGGUUUCGCUUUGAAUUGGUUCUCAUUUGUUAUAGAUGGACUGUUCCACUAGGAACACGUGUUGGUCGAGUUCUUAAAUAAAAUGAAAAAUUGAAUGCGCGCAAAGGCACGCAGCGGAACAGCUCUACUGAAAUCGUGCAAAGUGCAGUGCCUAUGCCGGCAUUCUGCAAAAAAAGUUGCAUGCAUCCUGAAUAUCAGAGCUUUGCAUUUUGCCUAGAAGUUCUUCGCAUUUUGCAUUUCUUUUUGCUCACUUUUGUAUAGACGAAUAAAAGUGCAAAAUGUGAGGUACUUCUGUGCAAAAUGCAUAGCACUGAUUUGCAAGAUGCAUGAAGCUUUUUUGGAGUGUGCUGGCAUAGGCACUGCCUAUUGCAAUAGUUCUGUAGAGUAGCGGAAUGUCGUUCGGUGAAAUUCCAAGUCGUGGUACACAUACUAUAACAAUUCUUUUUAGUAUAUAUAUAUAUCUUUUUAGUGUUUUAUUGUGAUAUAUAUAUAUAUAUAUAUAUAUAUAUCUUUUUAGUGUAUAUAUAGCACAAAAAAAUUUGAAAUAUCAAAAAUUUCACUUGGCAGUCAUUUUUUUCAUAAAUUAGUUCGAAAGUGCUCGGAACAACUUUAAAACGUGAGCAGGGGGUAGUAUCAUAAAAAAAUAUAAAAAAAUAUGUUUCAAAAACCGUAUCUCAGUGGAAAAAAAGCGAAAAAGGAAUCAGUACCCCCGCGCGUGCGCUACCAGCUCUACAGAACUUUUUGCAAUAGGCAGUGCCUAUGUCAGCACACUCCAAAAAAGCUUCAUGCAUUCUACAAAACAGUGCUUUGCUUUUUGCACAGAAGUGCCUCGCAUUUUGCACUUUUUUUCGUCCAUACAAAAGUGAGCCCAAAAAGAAAUGCAAAAUACGAAGAACUUCUAGGCAAAAUGCAAAGCUCUGAUUUUCAGGAUGCAUGCAACUUCUUUUGCAGAAUGCCGGCAUAGGCACUGCACUUUGCACGAUUUCAGUAGAGAGUGCCUGAGAUGUUAUUCUAACUUUUUCAUUAUUUCGUUAAUGGCGUGUUCAUCGCAAAAAAACGGAACAUGCUUCAAAAACGAAGAACAGUACUGAUUUUUUUGUUUUGGAGCAAUUUUUCGUUUUGUCCGAUGAACACGCCAUAAGAAAUAGCUUUAGAAAUUCCCUCGAAGAAAUAGUUUUUUUCCUUUUAGAAGUUUAAAAUUGUUGAAGGUCAAGUAUGAUAAUAGAAUUUGUUUUUUUUUCCGUUUUUAUACUUCGUUGCUGAAGUUCUGUUUUCCAGGAUACGAAAAGGACUAUGAAAAGCUCAAAGCUCAAGUCGAAGAAUAUUGCAAAAAGAAAAAACUAAAGCUGGUGACCAAGAAAACUCCUCCCAAGCAACUGGAGAUAAGAGAAAAAUAUGACUUCGGAAAAUAUACUUUUGAUGUUAUUACCGAGGCGGCAGGAAUAUUCGAAAUGAAGGUAUAAUUCUCUCAAAAGUCAAAAGAAUAAUUUAAAAAAAAACAUUUUAGGCUGAAGAUGCUGCUAAAGCCGUGAAAGCAAGUGAGGACGCCAAGGCCAACAAAAAUACUGGUGAGCUUUGA